ACUACGGAAUCUGAACACUUAAGUCAAUAUCCCAAAAAUAAAAACUAUGGUUAUUAAGACUUCAGAUCUUUCUCCUUAUCCUAUUAUUUUUUUGUAAGUGCGCGGCUACAUAUUUUAGAACAAUGGCAGCGCAAGCAUCAAGAAAGACUCUAGCUCAGUUAAUCAGACAAGGAUACGACGAAAUACCAGAAAUAUACGCAAGCAGUGUCCUGGCAUUGGUGGGAAUAGGCCUGGGUACCGUUGGUUGUUACAAUUACUAUAAAAGAGAUGGAGAUAAUAAAAGGUACAAGAAAAUGUACGUAGUUAUGAGACCCGAUGACCCCAGAGUAGCAAAGAUUAGAAAAGAAUAGGUUUUAUUAAGUGAAUCCGUUGAUAAAUAGUUGCAAUUAUGUAAUGUACAAUAAAAUUAAUACUACUAUAUUA